UUGAGUGGUUAGAGGCAGGCUGUAGUACGACACUGUGUCAGGGAGAGGGAGAGUGUGGACCUGUGGACUCAGAGCUGUCAUCUACAAGGGUUUUAAACCCCGUUUCUGUGGAUUUUCUUCUGACAUUUCCUGGUGGAGGAAUCAAUCUCUCUGUGUCACCUAAAGGAAACCUUUUUUUUUUUUUUUUUAGAUCUGAAGGACGUUUUUGGUCUCUCAGCUGAACUGGAACAGAGCAUCUCAUCUGAGACCCUGCGGUGACGUGUUUGCAUGGAGGCUGAUCGGUGGAGGCUUUCUGUCUUGUUCUGAUCGUCAUUCUCAACCAGCAUCGUCUUCUGAGGCCCAGAGGAGCCCGACUUCACUACAGCUCAUAGACUUUUCAUUCAAGGAGAUUGGAGCUGUGAGAGAAAAAGAGAGAGAGAAAAUAAACACUGCUUAAAAAAAAAGAAGACACUCUUCAUGAAUUCCCCCAAAACCUGAAAGGCAAAUACUGCAAGUUGGCUGGUGGUCGUGAGGAGGCAUGUGGACAAUGAGGAUGGCUUGGCUCUGUCUCCCAGCCUGCACUGUCCUGCUUGUUGGGUGCUUUCAUACAGCUGUCACGGAAAGCGAUGUCACUCCACGCCUCACCUUCUCCUACAAUGUGAAGGAGAGGACAACCAGAAGUUUCUCAGUCGACGGAGUCUCCAACUAUACCUCUCUGCACCUCAGCAAAGAAGACAACAUGCUGUACCUUGGAGCCAGGGAGAUCCUCUUCUCUCUCAACCUCACUGAUAUCAGUGCAGUCAAGCUACAGAGAAAUAUCACGUGGAAAACUCCAGAGAAGAAGAGAGAUGAGUGCAGUUUCAAAGGCAAAGACCUGCAGACAGAUUGCUUCAACUACAUCAAGAUUUUACUACGCAUAAACAGCACUCAUCUCUACGUGUGUGGGACAUACGCCUUCAGCCCCACCUGUGCUUACAUAAAAACUGCAGACUUCUCCCUCGUCAAGAGUGAAACCGGUGAGAUUGUUACAGAGGAUGGACGAAGCCGCUGCCCAUUUAACCCUGAGUACAAGUCGACUGCCAUCAUGGCUGAUGGAGAGCUGUACGCUGGUACAGUCAGUAAUUUCCAAGGAAAUGAACCCAUCAUUUACAAGAGUCUCAGCCAAGGAACGGCUCUAAAAACAGAAAACUCACUCAACUGGCUGCAAGACCCAGCUUUUGUUGGCUCUGCCUACAUACAGGAGAGCCUGCCCAAGGGCAACCCGGUGGGCGAUGACGAUAAGAUUUACUUCUUCUUCAGUGAAGCAGGAAAGGAGUUUGAUUUCUUUGACAACACCAUUGUGUCACGCAUUGCUCGCGUGUGUAAGGGUGACAUGGGAGGUGAGAGAGUCCUGCAGAAGAAAUGGACGACCUUCCUGAAGGCUCAGCUCUUGUGCUCUCUGCCUGAUGAUGGCUUCCCCUUCAACAUAAUCCAAGACAUGUUUGUGCUGACGCCCAGCCCCGAGGACUGGAAGAACACUGUGUUUUAUGGAGUCUUUACGUCUCAGUGGUAUAAAGGUGCUUCAGGAAGCUCUGCGGUGUGUGCCUUCACUAUGGACCAGGUGGAAAAGGCAUUCAACGGGCGAUACCGUGAGGUCAACCGAGAGACUCAACAGUGGUACACAUACAACCAUCCGGUCCCAGAGCCUCGGCCUGGAGUGUGUAUCACAAAUGCUGCCAGGGAACAGGGCAUCUCCUCCUCGCUUCACAUGCCGGACAAGGUGUUGAAUUUUGUCAAAGACCACUUCCUGAUGGACAGUGUGAUCCGCAGCCAGCCUCUCCUACUGAAACGCAAUGUCCGCUACACGCAGAUCGCUGUCCAUCGAGUCGUACCAGCAAAAAAGGCGUAUAAUGUGCUUUUCAUCGGCACAGAUGAUGGGAGACUUCAUAAAGCCAUUAACGUCAACAACAAGAUGCACAUCAUUGAGGAGAUGGUGCUCUUCCGUGAUUCCCAACCAGUGCAACACAUUGAGCUGGACACUGAAAAGGGUCAACUUUAUGUUUCCUCUUUCUCUGAACUGGUGGAGGUCCCAGUAGCCAACUGCACUAAUUAUCAGAGCUGCGGGGAGUGCAUCCUCUCCAGGGAUCCAUACUGUGCCUGGAACGGGGGGCAAUGUGUGGAUGUGAGACAGGCUCCACCAAGCAACACCUGGCAGCAAGAUGUAGAUGAAGCAGACACGUCAGCUAUUUGCAACAAGAUAGCGCCAAGCCCACGGUUUGCUAGACCUUCACCUACACGAAUGUCUUCAUGCCAGGUGAUCAUUAUCCCAGCCAACACGUUCAAAGUACUGCCUUGCAAGCUGCGCUCUAAUUUGGCUGAAAGAAGGUGGGAGUUCAGUGAGAGCGCAGGUCACUUCCAUUACCCCAGCCCAGAGGGGGGGCUAGUAGUGGUUGCUCAAGCUGACAGGCAGGAAACCUACGAGUGCUGGUCAGUGGAGGAAGGCUUCAGACAGCUGUUAGCAAACUACUGCGUGAGGGGCGAGGCCAGACAGGAGAGCACCACCCUGACAGGCCGUUCACGUACACCCCAGAUCUCCCAGGAGGAGUUUAUCAUCCUGCCAGGAGAGACCCGCUCGCCGCAGAUCAACACUAAGACUUACUGGAACGAGCUAAUAGUGGUGUGUGCCCUGCUGGCGUUUUCCCUUGUGGUCUUCUCUCUGUUUGUGGUCUACAGGAACCGCAACCACAUGAAGUCCAUGCUCAAGGAGGGAGAGUGCCCCAACAUGCAGCAGAAGAAGCCCAGAAUAGUGGGUAAACCGGCUGAGAACUUGCCACUAAAUGGCAACGCAGUCACAGCAUCAGUGUCAGAUCACAAGGGCUACCAGACCCUUAACGACAACUACAUCUGCAGCACUCCACCGCACGAGUGCUCGUCGCCCGACAACAGCAAGAGCUUCUCAGAGUCAGAGAAGAGGCCACUGAACUUAAAAGAGAGCCACGUAGAGAUUUCUCCCACAUGCCCGCGGCCACGAGUCAGACUGGGCUCUGAGAUUAAAGACUCUAUAGUGUGAGGCCGGCUCCAUGUUGUGUGGAGUGACUCGUUUUGAACUGAAAUGAAAAGAGUGCACUUGCUGAGAAAGACAAAACCCUAUAAGAGGGAAAACUGAGGAACAUUGAACUCUUCAACAGAGACAUAUUUCAUUACACAGAUUUUGCACUUUGUCUUUUCUUCUUUCUUUUUUUUUGUUCUGUUCCUGUGGUCCAUGUGCAUUUAAUUUUAUUUUCCUCUCACUGCCCCUUUAUUCAAGUGCAUUCGAAGCACACUGAAGAAGUUCCAGUUUGCCUUCAGACUUUUUGACGCUUUCACAUACGGCUCACAGGAAUGUAACAAGCGUAGAGGUGGCGUCACAACUAUGAUUCAGUGAUUGAAUUUCAUAGCGUUGCCACUCAGUCCGUCCAUGAAAUCUGCUGGUAAUGCUUUGAAAGGCAGGGUGAUAGUCAAGCAUGUUCCCACUAACGGCUGACACAGUGUUUGCUGUUGUAUUUUCAUUCUGUCAUCUGGUUAAAAGCCUACCCUUCCCUGAGGCUAUGCACUAUGUACUGUAGCAAAGUAAACACUCACACCAGAAUAUACACUAUCCAGUGGCAGGCAAGAAAAAAACAAACAAAAACGGCCUGUCAUAGAUUUUUUUUAGAUAGCCAGUGUGUAUUCACAAAAAUUUAGAUUAGACUUAAACACAGGAACACAGUCAAAGAAGGGUUGUGGUAAGAGUUUGAAAAGUGAACGAAACAAGUGAAAAUGUUGUCGAAACUCUUACCACGUCAAUCACUACACACCAAAAAUCAUAAAUGAAGACACAUUAUGCUUUUCUUUUUAAAGUAUUGGUAUUAUUAGUCGAUACAAAUAUUCCUCUGUGGAAGCCUGACGUUCGACAGGGUUUCCUGUCACCAAAUGUGAUAAAGGGAAAAAUAAAAUCUCAUUCCAGGUAUUAUCAUGCUGUUCUUCACGAGAUGGGCAGUCUAUGCAAAGCAAAUAAUGUGAAGUGAGGUGAACGCCAAGAAAACCUCACCUCGAGACUGAGUAAGCACAAAGGUGUCGCCACUGUUAAUUGCUUUAGGAUCAGUGGAACUACAAACACACACCCAUGUACACACACUCACACUCUCAUUACACUAACGUAUGCAAGAGAUUUUUAGCCAUUAUAGGGAGGAAGAUUGGCCAGAGAGACAUUUUUCAUCAUAAUUCUUUAAUGUUUUAAAUAUCUAUCCCUAAUCUCAACAGGAAAUAAUAACAAUACAUAUUUAAAUACACCUAUUCAUAAUCUGAUAUAAAUAACACACAUCUGUAUAGUCUCAAGUUUGAUAUACAUAUUAAUUGAUGAGAGUUUGUGAAUGGAAGAAAAUGCCCUCUGCUUGCUGAAGUGGUUUUAAAGGCAACCAUAAAGGCAAUAAUUUUUAUUCCCAUCCAGUAAUAAACAGAGGAGCUGUGCAUUUUAAUUAACUUGAUUAGUCAUCUCCUUUAUUCAGAAAUAAAGCAUAUGAUCCACCACAUUUAUGAGCCAGACGUUGGAGUAACCUGAAAGCAUUUUUCAUGUCAUUCAAUAUUAUGUAAGUCUUACAUGAGUUUGGCUCUAAUGUUGUGAUGCAGCCAGCAAAAAAAAGAAAAAAGAAGAAA